UUAAAAUAAACUUUACGGAUUCGUAUCUCUUUUAAACGAGGGAUCCAAUGAUUUAAUCCUUUCUGCAGGAACAACUCGGCCCGAAUACCCAAAAUAAGCUUCGCAAAUUUGUGUACCGGUUUUACAGUCGACUCGAGUUACUUUGUCCUUUCUGUAAACGUGCGCGCGCACACACAUCUUCGUUGUAGUAGUUGUAAUCGUAAAUUCGAUUCGUUCCGCUCAAGCGAGAACAAAAUAAUGCACUCUCGAUAAUAAAAAAGUAAAAGAAGAAGCUUUAAAAAAAAAAAAUAAUAAAAAGGAAAUGUUUGUCGGGAUCGAAUUACUAAAUCUUUUCUUCGAUUCUCCUCCGCAGUUGUUUGUCUACUUCACCUUUUCGUCUCUUACAAUUUUCGAAAGUUACUCUUGGUCGUGAUUGGCUCUUUCCAAGCUCUUGGCAAGUAAUUCGAAAUAAUUUAUGCCCGAGGAAAGAAGAAGCAUCGCCCACGCGAACGAAAGCGAUCGAAUUGCCGGUGUUAGACAAACGAACAAGAGAAAGAUCGAGUCUUUGGUCUCAUUUUGGACGAAUUAUCAGCAUCGACUACCCACGUCUUGUCUUCUUCGCUAAUUGCCCUUAGGGUGAAGCAAGAUCAGCUUUGGAGUGUUAGGAAGAAGUGGAGAAGGAGAAGGGGGAAGAGAAGUGGUCAAGAAUCGAGGAUUAAUUAAAUCGAAUUAAGCUUAAUUAGCUUUACCGGUGCUUGGGAUGCGAGAAAAAGAAGGGUAGGAACAGAAGUAGAAAUAGGUGGGAGAAACAGGACAGUUUAAAAUAAUCGUAGAAAAAUCAUUUUUGCUUGUCUUCGUAGCAACGAGAGUUGGGUACGCGCGAAUUCGAUAAGAUCUCUCGAAAUAAAAAUUGAAAUUUAUGUUGAGUGACGAGAAAAGGAAAAGGAAGAGGGGUGAGUGGGUGAGGGUGGGAGGAAGGGGGAGUAGAGGAACCCGUUAAAAUUUCCAUUCCUUCGAAAUCGUUUUGUGUUGGGAGUGAACACGCGCGCGCGCCUACGAACGUUGUGUGGUUUGCCGUGCCGUGCCGUGUCGUUCGUUCCAUGUCGUUCCAUGCCGAAGUCAAAACGUACGAAAUCGAAUAAACGUAAAGGUGAUUUAUGACGCGUCCCGUUGCAAUUAACGAAGUAAAGGUGAAAUCAAUUCUCGUGCAUAAAGAGUUUUAAAUUCAACCGGAGGAGAAAACCCGUGUGAAAUUCAAAACGGAGUCUGCGCAGGCUACCAAGAAGCCGAGUGAAAGCGUUACGUCACACGAGAAACGAUUGUUUAAAAGGCUUAACAAUCGACUUUAAUGACAGACGCGAUCAUUCAAGAUAGAACUUUGUUUCAAAGUUUAUACGAGAGACUUGUAUAAAUUCAAUUGAAGCGUCAUGUGAAUGAAACGAUGAAGCAACGAGCUAAGGAAAAUCUUUCUUGAUUUAUCGUCGUUUUCGUAUUUCAUAAACAAAUUCAUGACCAUUUAGAUUAUUUCGAGCAUAUUGCGAGACCGAUAUCGCGUAUUCGAGAGAUCGAUGAGAUCGAUCUGACAAAUCGUCGACUUACAGGACCCGCUAAUCGCAGGAGCGUCGAUCUUCGUCCCCAGAGGUGGAUAGAAAGGAUCGAUUCUUGUUCCUCAACGACGACGACGACGACGACAACAACAACAGGAACGUCAAGACAAGAGGAUUAUCCUAUUGAAUCUGUGUUAACGUUUAAAGAUACAUUAAGUUCGAUCGGAAUGAAUUUGUCUUUAGUGAGAACCAGAAAGUUACCGGAUCGAGAUAUUAUCCUUCCCAGAAUUGGAACGGAUAUAAAACUAUAAAAAAAAAAAAAAGAGAGAUAAAACAAAUUUGACGAAUCGUCCAGACGAUAUCGUUUAUUUUUCCACGUGGUUUAUAAAUAAACGAUCAAAAUUAUUAAAAAGAUGGUCACCCUGGACACCGAGCAGAAGCCUGAGAGGCAGCACUGCGGUCGACGCAUGUGCGCCAUUUGCAGACGCAUCAAACGUGAUAAAGCGUUGAAGGUGAAGCUCAUGCUGAGGCGGCCGAUAAAUCAACUGGUUGCCCAGGGCAUUAUGCCGUCUCUGAAAACUCCGCCGGCGUUUCACGAACAGAGGAAGCAACUCGAGCGAGCGAAAACUGGUGAUCUGUUAAAGGCAAAGAUCCAACAGAGACCCGGUAGGGAAGAGCUCGUGAGACAGCAUAUCCUUGAAGAUGUGGGUCACGUUGAUCCGAGCCUAGCCGAGAGGCAACGUAUGCUGAAGAAGGCCAGACUAGCCGAUCAAUUGAACGAUCAACUCAGUCAUCGGCCUGGCCCGCUCGAACUUAUUCAAAAGAAUAUUCUCCAUACGGAGGAACCCAUCGAAAGGGCGGUAAAAGAGGGACAUAUUCCCUUCAAGGCGACGUGCGAAGGACAAGUAACGAAACCCCAACAUCCGGAUCAUUACAUCACAUUCGAGGAUGAUUCCCAAAGUUCGGAAGGUGCACCGUCGCCUCAAUUGGAGUCCCGUUCUGACGUUUUGGAAACUGCAGCGGCCUCCGCAGGAAUCGUUACAGUGUCCCUCAGCAUCCCUACAACCGGUGGCGCGGUCGUUGUCUCCUCGACGUCACCAGUUUUUCAACAAGCAUCCGGAACGGAACCAACGAUACAAACCUUUGCGGAGCUAUGCAAUACGGUCGUUGGCUCGCAACACCAGACGCAACAAGCUCAACACCACCCGUCCGCUCAGGCGAAUCAAACGAACGGAGCAUCGGGCACGUUACUCCCAUUGGCGCCGGCAUCGAGUCCCAUGUCCUUGGGAUCGACCACUUCGAGUCUGAGUCCCCUGUCGAAUAUCUCGAUAGCCUCGCCACCGGCUCCACCACCAGCAGCCAUAACUCCUAGACCACAACCGAGUCCGAUAGCCUCUUCGGCGUGUCAAAGAAACGAUGCACCGGGCAAGGACAAAAACCGAAAAAAAUCAAAGACCAAGAGCCAACCUAAGACGCGUACGAUCAAGUUUCACGAGUACAAAGGUCCGCCAAACGCACAAAAGACGUCAGUUUCGUCUACACCCUCCGGUCUCGGCUCGGCGCCACCCGGCGAGACGAGCUAUGAGUUGCUCCUGCAGCAACAACAACUAUUCCUUCAGUGGCAGCUCGAAUGGCAGCACAAGUAUCCUCAGAUUAUAUUACCAGCCGCGCAGAAACCGCUGUCUCUUACCAGCAGCGGUGCUAGCGAUGCCGGAAGCAUUAGCGGAAGUAGCGCGAACGCUCCGAGUCCUGCGCCAUCGAAUUCCUCAAACAAUCCAUCAGAGCAACCUCCGCUCAGGCCUCUGGGCAAGUUGGAAGAUAUGAAAGUGAGCGAUCUCAAAGUCGAGUUGAAACGACGCAAUUUGCCGGUGUCGGGUUCGAAGCCACAACUGAUCGAACGGCUAAAACCGUUCACGGAAUCUUCCAGCGGGAAUACGAACUCCAAUGGACCACACGUCACGCACAUGGGUCACAUCUUAAUGGACACGCCCGGUCCUUUGACGUCCGACGAAUCGAGUUCACAUGCGAAGAGCCCUAGUUCGAUCGUCAAGGACGAACCGAAUAGCCCGCGGACAGAUUCACCUCAUGGCAGCGAACACGACGAUCCGUCGAGCCCACCAGUUCGUGUUUCAGGAGACGAUAUCAUCAAAGAACAAAGAAAACGGAUAGAAGAGUUGCAAAGGGAGUUGUAUAAAUCCCAACAACAACUUCAACAAAUUCGACAAACUCAGCCCGCAACUGUCCGCGCCGAGAAGCUGGUGCUUCAACAACAUAUACAGAGCAAGAUGCAACAGCAACAAUUAGCUUUACAUUUACAACAGUUACAACACUUACAGCAACAGCAACAGCAGCAACAGCAAUUGCAACAACAACAGCAACAACAACAAAGUCAUCAACAGUCUCAGCAACAAAUGCAACAACAGCACGCGACUUUCCAGCAUCUCAAUGCAAAAGCCAGUUUGGCAGCUUUUUUGCAGACGCAACCGAACAAUGCGACUGCUAUUUUGGAUUCCGCAGCACUCACGGCAAUUAACAAUAAGAAAAAUCAAGCGAAGAAUAGUACCACCGUUCAAAUACCUACCGCAAUAGUUUUGAACCUAGCGAAACCGGCAAAACUGAAUGGAUCGUUGCUCGGUGCUCUAGUCGCGCAAGCCCAAGCUCAACAACAACAGCAAACAAGCAAUACAGAGGAUGGUAAACCACCACCACCUCAGUACGACGAAGCAGCCAAGUUAUUGAAGGUCAAGAUAGAGCCGGUUCAAAAGAGUCAUAUUAAGAGUCAAGUGGUAGACGACGUGUUGGAAAUUCUUAUUAAAAACGGAGAACUUCCACCAAGUGCGGCUCAGGACCCAGCUACGCCUACAACACCAAAUCGUCAGUUACAACAGAAUUUGGUGUUUACCGCGCCAGCAGACAGUCCAACCCAAUCUUUAGUAUUCGCGGCCGCUAGUCCUAUUAGUCCGAUUAGCCCAAUGGCAAUGGAGGUAUCUCAAAGUGGUUGUCCUAGUCCAUCGACGUCGACAUCGGCAUCGGCAUCUGCCUCGGCUGCGGGAUCGGUUGCAGCGCCCCCACCUCCUCCACCGUUACCAUUGGCAACCUUUUCUAUUCAAUUACCCACUGCCUUGCAGCAAUUACAACAACAGCAAGAAGAUAUGUCCUCGUUCGGAACGCAUCUUUUGAAUUCAGAUAACGACUUGGAAACCGCCAUGCUACUGAGUCCUCAAUCUGUGAACGAAGCCUCACCCGAUCCUCAACCACCGCAAGAGGUCACUUCAUCGGAUAACGCUAACUUGGAUCUUAAAGAACUUGGAUUGGAUCUGGAAACAUUGGGUACGAUGGAUUUUGGUCAACUCGACUGUGGUCUAGGAGUGAAAAUGGAAACUACCAACGAACUUAUGGAUAUAGGGGACAUGCCAAUGGACAUGGAUGACCCUGACUGGUUGGACUCCUUGAUGCCACAGUCUCCGCCUUCUUCUACACCUAUGUCCAUUCAACAAUCGGUUCAACCGGUUACAUCGUUAUCCUCGGCAACGGAUAUCUACGAUCCGCUGCUGGCAAGUAGUCAAGAUCCUUUCGAUCUCUUUAACAUGGAAGACUCCGACUUCAAGAUGUCAUCCGAACUCUCCCUAACGUGGGACAAGGUAGACUUUGCUACCUAGCCCGAGAUUUAUUCUCAAAACUCAACUUUGUGUACUUAAACGUUAACGAACAAGAGAGACACGGACUACUACAUUAUUACUACUACUACUACUAUUACUACUACUACUACUACUACAACUACUACUACUACAACUACUACUACUACUACUACUACUACUACUACUACUACUACUACUACUACUACUACUACUACUACUACUACUACUAAUCCUUGGCACCACGUACGUUGCUUUUGGACACGAGUGUUUAAUACGAAUAAACGUAUAAUUAAUCAUCGUGCAAAAAUUGUACCAAGUGUAGGUGCCGUCGGUAUUCGUUUUGGAUGCAAUAAUCAUCAUUGGCCGAACAACGAGCCCCAGACUUUGUCAACAAGCUCGAAUGCUUCGUGCCAAAGAACUUCUAUAUCUGAUCGUAAGGAAAAGUGAACGAUUCCAAGUGAAUUUAUCAUGAAUCGGAAGUCGAAAGAAGCAUAUCUUAGGUAAGCGAUCAUCGAAGGCUAGAGAAGAAUUUUUUUUUUCCUACAACGUGUGCACUCUUGGUCUUCUUUGGUCGUUUGAAAAGAAUAUAACGAAACGUAAACAAAUAAAAAAUAUGUCAACGCACAUAAUCGUUGUUCUUCCAAAAGAUAUCACGAAUCCUAUCGUUGUAUAGUGAUCGCUAAAAUAAACCGCCUAAUAGCAAGUUAGUUAGAAUUCCUCUAUCUAACCGAAUGCGGUUUCAUAAUUUCAAAAUGAUAUCGGAUCUCUAAAUACGAGCAGUUAAACGUGCUCUAAAACGAGAAGUUAAGGGCAACGAGAAACAAAUCUUUUCAAAAUUCUCCAAAGAGUCUUCUUACGACGUUUUUAGAUAUGUAGUUCGUACUCUAUCCAGUCUACGGAUCGUGUGUUGCUUGAGUUUUAAUAAUCGCAAAUUAGCGUGUGUGCAAAACAUAAACAAACAAAAAAAGUAUACAGAAGAAACGAGAAGUACUGUUCAUACGUUCUUCUCGUUUUAAUACUCUUUCCCUGAACCCUACCCUCUCUCUUUAUAUAUAUACAUAUAUAUAAAACAGAAACCGUAAUCAAUCGUAACAAAACUGCAUAAUUACAUUUACGAAAAUUUAAUAUAAUUAAAAAAAAGAAUAAUUGUAAAGGUAUACAUACGUUAGAUAGAUACUUAUAUAUGUAAAUUAU